AUGCAGGAAGGUCACACGGAGGCGGUGUCGGCGUCGGCACAGGAUGUUCGUGCGUACAUUAUUCUUGAGAGUCACCCGCACCUUGGAACGCGACUGCGACUUGAGCAGGCACUUGGAUGCGGGGUUUCCUCGGCCACGCUGGGCCACAUUGUGGAACUUGCCACAAAAGAUGUCCUUUCCGUGCAAAAGAUUAGCAUGUUACGAAGUGAUAUCAAUGACCCUCUCAUUCCCAUUGAUGAAAGUUCCGUUCAUGCAGACUACAACAGUGCUUGUGCUCGCUUGAAAAUUACGUUGUUGCGGGAAAUUGGUCUGGUGCUCGUGUCGGUUUUUUUUGCUGUGACGGAGCAUUCGAUGCGGGAAGGAGGAACGCCGGGCCUGACAGUACAAUUUGCUGUCGUAUUGGUUAUAGCGUCUCCCAAUAACUCUGCGCGGAUUCACUUUGUUUUUCCAGCUCUUCGAGACCGUCUCUUGCUGACAUGUCAGGUAAUCCUCGGACGCCUUCAUACCCUGCCUGAGAAAGUGGAGAACCUCUUAAGCGAGUGGGCCCGCCAGCUCCCAAAGAUUGUUGCCCAUACAAACGGCUGGCUGAGUGCAGGUAUGGUGUGGCAGAGGGGGCUUUCGUGUGGUGCUAUGCAGGCCCUAUUCUCGCAUGCUCAUUGGAUUUUUAGGCAUUUGGCAGGAUUUCUCUCAAUGGCGCUAGAGCAUCAUCGGUGUGUUGUGCGUUCCGAUGAUAAUGCGUUAGUUUUGCUGUGGGUUAACACGCUAGCGCUGUUUAUGCAAGAUGCACAGCUUGUGAUGGCGAGCCCAGUGUGUAGUAAUCGCCUGGAUCAACUUGUUCCCGACCUCACACUUCAAGGGACAACAUGCACCAUAGGUGAAAUUUCCACCUUGUUGCCUUACUUUCGUCAGCCUCCUGUUAUCUUAGAUGUUUCCCGGCGUCUCGAUGAAUCUGCGCAUAUCUUCCCCGUGUUUACUCUUUUCCGCUUUGAGGAAUACCGCUUGGCUGCCCUACGAGGCGAAAAACUGGAUCGUUUUGGCGCACUGCGUCCUAAAGGGAUGACGCGCCCUUUAAGUCCCCUUGUGGCUCAAAUAUGCGAACAAAUAAACUGUGCAAUGAAGUUUAAUCCCGCCACGGCGUCUUUUGUUGGGUCGUCAUUUGACUCCACAUCAUCCCUUGACUGUAGGACGGCGAUGGGAAUUUCAUGUGGCGCUGAUUUUUUUGUGGAGUCUAAAACCCCGAACAGUGGUGGUGAUGAUGGUGGAAACAAUGGUGGAAGCAGCCUCCCUUCCACAGUGGGAAACGCACUUCUUCUUUUGACCAACUGGCGAAGACAUGUGCAACUGAGAGCAUUGACUCACGCCAUGGCGGAACGAAAUAUGACGUCCUACAAUUCGAGUGUGAAGCAAAGUGUGGGUGGUCAGGAGCGUACAGCACUUCCACGCAAAGGGACCAACAAUAUGCAUGAUGCGGAUAGAAGGCUGCUUGAAGUCGCUGUUGCCUUUUUUUUACCCCAGUUCAGGAUGCAAGAGAGGGACGUGAGCGGGAUGUCAUAUUGA